AAGUGGGUGGGUGGGUGGGUGGAUGGAUGGAUGAAGGGAUGAGCAGACUGAGGGGGAAAGGAGCCACGGUGCUUGGCAACGCCAGCAACUGCACCAGGACAUGCCAGGACGAGCUGGGAUGAGCCCGUCCCUGAGCCGUGGGGCAGAGGAGGAUGGGCUGAGUGCGGAAAGGGGAGGGACAGACAGACAGAUGGGUGAAGAUGGCUGUGUCCACCCUGCAACUGGUAGAACUUGUCCUCCACGGAGCCGCCUUCCUCUGCGGGAUUGCCUGCGCAUCGGCCCUCACUGUGGCGCAGGGGGAGUUCGGCGGCUGGUGCAUCCUCUAUGGCACAGUGAGCUGGAAUGGGACCGUGUUGGUGCCCAAGCCUUCCAGCCACCUCUCCCUCUGCUAUUUUAUCUCCGGUGUCUCCAUCGUGGUAGCCCUUUACUGCUUCUCGUCGCUCCUCUACGGCAUCUUCGGCUGCUGCACCGGCGAGUCCCAGUGGGACCGCUCCUGGCUCCGCGUCACCUUGGUUGUUACCAUUAUCAUCCUCUUCUUCCUCCUCAUCUCAGCCUGCAUUCUCCGUGUGGGGAUGGAUGUUUUCUGCGCAUCCAUCAUGGAGACCAAGAGGGUAUCCAGCUGCCGGGAUGCCCAACAUGAGUCAUGGGCAUCCUACAGCCCUGUCCACUUCUACAGCAACCUCAGCAGUGCACAGUCCUCGGCCUGGGUGACCGUGUUCCUCUGGUGCCUGCUGACUGCCCGGCUGCUGGUGCAGCGGCGCCAGGAGCCCCGGAUCCUGCUGCUGCGGCACAACGACCCCGAGUGCAGUGCUGAGGCAGAGGCCACUUUUGGGGGAAACUUGAUACGGCCCUGAAGGAAAUGGCUGAUGGGGGGUUGGGUUGGUGUUUGGGUGGGUGAUGUUGGGGUGGGUGAUGUUGGGUGGUUUGUUGUUGGAUGGAUGGUGGUGGGUGGUGUUGGGGUGGGUGGUGUUGGGGUGGGUGGUGUUGGGUGGUGUGGGGUUGGUUGUUAUUGGUUGGGUGGUGGUGGGUUGGGUGGUGGUGGGUUGGUCGCCUUCAUUGAGACUGUUUUAGAGGCUGAGCUUUGUUAUUAAAGACAAGGGUGUCUGGUAGAUGAGGCUGUGCCUGAACCUGAGUGCUUGGGGCUGCAGGAAGAAGAGGAAGAGGAGGAACACCAGGUGGGGGGGUCCCCAUGAGCAAGAUGAGG